AUGAGGGUCCGCUUCGGCGUGGUGCUGGCGGCCGCCGAGGAGCCGGGCCGAGUGGAGCCCUUCUGGUACAAGUUCCUGAAGCGCGAGCCCGGAGGAGAGCUCUGCUGGGAAGGCAAUGGGCCUCACCACGAUCGUUGCUGUACUUACAAUGAAAACAACUUGGUGGAUGGUGUUUACUGUCUCCCAAUAGGACACUGGAUUGAGGCCACUGGGCACACGAAUGAGAUGAAGCACACAACAGACUUCUAUUUUAAUAUUGCAGGCCACCAAGCCAUGCAUUAUUCAAGAAUUCUACCAAAUAUCUGGCUGGGUAGCUGCCCUCGGCAAGUGGAACAUGUGACCAUCAAACUGAAGCAUGAACUGGGGAUUACAGCUGUCAUGAAUUUCCAGACGGAAAGCGAUAUUGUCCAGAAUUCUUCAGGCUGCAACCGCUACCCUGAACCCAUGACCCCUGACACUAUGAUUAGACUGUAUAAAGAAGAAGGCUUGGUCUACAUCUGGAUGCCAACAGCAGACAUGAGUACUGAAGGCCGUGUGCAGAUGCUGCCCCAGGCCGUGUGCCUCCUGCACAUGCUUCUCGAGAAUGGCCACACCGUGUACGUCCACUGCAAUGCCGGGGUGGGCCGCUCCGCCGCGGCCGUGUGCGGGUGGCUGCAGUACGUGAUGGGCUGGAACCUGAGGAAGGUGCAGUACUUCCUCAUGGCCAAGAGGCCAGCCGUGUACAUUGAUGAAGAGGCCCUGGGACGGGCACAAGAAGACUUUUACCAGAAGUUUGGGAAGCUUCGUUCUUCCAUAUGCAAUCUGUAGCUGGCCGUCCUGCCUCCCCUUCCACCCAGUUUCUUAAAGAGCCUGAGGUUCUGUUAGUCAAAUGACCUAGAAACAAAGAUCUUACCUGAACAGAAAGGACUGCAGGUGUUCAGUCCUGCUCUAGGCUGCCUCUUUCAUCUGGGGCUGUCUAUUAUGCUUUGCUUGGGCUGUACCUUUGAGAUACUUUACAAAGGAAGCUGUAACUGACACCUGAGAAAACACCACAAGCAGUUGGGCUGUGCAGUACAGUUCUAGCGUCAGACUGGAAAAGGAUGUACCCAGUCCCCUGCUGCAGUCAGAGUCCCCUGCUUUACAGUUGCUGCAUGGAUUGUGUUGUAGAUUCAUAACAGCACUUUCUAGGUGCAUUUUAACUCUUUGAAAUGCAGAAGAAAAGACAGCAGGUUAUAUGGUUUUCAUCACUGAUGUGUAUGCAUGCUUAUACGUGUACACAUGCACGCAACACACACAUACACACACACUGCUUUUCUAUUGAACUGAACUUCAUUUGCCAAAGGAGGGAAUAAAGGCGGAAGCCUAGAAUGUGACAGAAGAGCUCAACGGGGCAAAGCAGUGGCUUUCUUGGCUUUGAUUUUGCAUCCUGUUUCAUAGUUGUUGAAGUCUACUCCUAAGCAUCACCUUCCUUAUCUACCCAACAACCCCAUGUGACAAAGUAUUAUCUUUUUGCUUUAAUUGAGGUUUAAUGAGCAUAGGUAGCUUCCCCAAAGUCUCAUGGGUAAUCAGAGAUGAGGUGGAGUUGGUAACUCGAGUUUAUUUGACUUAGUUCUGUUUUUAGUACAACUUAUUUUUUGGGGGGUGGGGUGGGUGGGUACUGGGGAUAGAACUUGGGACCUUCCACUUGCAAGGCAGGUGGCAGAACCGCUGAGCUAAAUCCCCAGCUCUAGAGGAACUUGUUUCUUCAGCUUAGAGUAGUGAAUUCAGUUUUGUCCCUCUCGGGAUAAGAUUGACCCCUGCAGCAGUGAGAAAUGGAACAGUGUUCUGAUAAGUUACUGAGGAAUUUAGGGCAGUAAUUCUUCUUUGUGCAAAUUAAUUUAUACCAUGGUGAGUUAUCUCAAGGCCAAUUUGGCAUGCGAGGAACUGUAUUUCUAAAAGAGCCGGAAUCUGCAGAAGCAUUGUUCCAUGGCUUCAGUCUGAUCCUAGUUCAGCCCUCAAUUUAGCACAACACACAGUUGCUGUAGCCUCAGAAUAUGGAGCUCAUCCCCCAGGUUCUGUGGGAAAUACAAAGAGGAGCAAGACUUUGCCUUUAAAAGUUUGCAGCCCAGAAACAGACCUGAGUUCAACCAGAUGUAAUGUAGGACUGAACUGAGUGACGUGUUAGAAUAUAGGAUGGGAAAGUAUGUUGUAAUUGAGAGCCUCUGUGUGCUAUGAGAUGUGUUACCAUUUUAUCCAAUUCCAUCUUCAUAGUACUGUACAAGGAAGGUUUCAUUGUCUCCAUAAAAGAUGAGGAAGCUAAAGCUGAAAGAGGUUAAAUCAGUUGUCCUGUGCCACGUGCUGAAUAAAUGAAAUGAGAUACAAA